UUUAACACCCCCUGUACUGUCCCUUUAACACGAGCACGUGGUAUCUGCAAACAUCCGGUUUAAGAAAAUGGAAAUAAGAUUGCAUCAAUGUUUUGACACACAGCUUUGACGCACGGAUUCUUGCUAAACUAUGGAGGCAGGCAGCCUCGUCUCAUGCCGAGAGGACAUUUCUUCGCUGUUUCCUGAGCAUACGCCGGGUGCCAAAUAUAAAGAUUUAAGCAGCCAGUUCUCCACCGUCAGACAAGUGCGCGGAGAUGGAAACUGCUUCUACAGAGCCCUCUGCUUCGCACACUUGGAGUCAGUCUUACACAAUGCCAGGGCUUUGCAGAGAUUUAAGGAGAAAAUUGUUCAAACCUGCGAAGACUUCUCUUCUGCGGGAUUUGAUGAGAGUUCCUUCAAGCACCACCUGAACACAGUUGUUAAUGUUGUGGAGCAGUGCCAGGCUGAUGAGCAGGAAGACACGCUGCUCAGGCUCUUCAAUGAGCAGAUGACGUCUGACAGCGUGGUGCAGUACCUCAGGCUGCUCACUUCAGCACACCUGCAAAACCAGGCAGACUUCUUCUGCAACUUUGUGGAGGCGCCCAAUCUAUUAGUCUACUGUCAUCAAGAAGUGGAGGUCAUGGCGAUGGAGUGUGAUCAUGUGGACAUCUUAGCUCUGUCACAGGCUCUGGAUAUUUGCAUCCACAUCGUCUCUAUGGAGGGUGAUGAACAGCAGUUGGCUCACCACGUCAUUCCAGAGGGUGCUGAACCCUCCCUGCACCUCCUCUACCAAACGUCACAUUAUAACAUUCUCUACCCACGACCUCGACACUGACCGGAGAUCCACGAAGACUCAGCUCAACUC